UGACAUUUCAAGUUUCUCCGAUAGAUGUUGAACUUUCCAAGAGAAAAGAUAAAAAAUAACUUGAAUGGCACUACAAUUUAAAUAACAAAUCCCCAAGAUAAUCAAUAAAACCAUAUAGAAACUCCCGAUGUAGUUUGUAUUGAUAUAGAAUCAUAUCAUAUAAAAAAAACAUUUAACCUUGAGUUCUUCAAAUAAAGAUGACUUCAGAGAAUGAUAAAUACUCUAUGGAGAAAAAUAUCAACAAUGAAUCGGUUCAAGUUGUGGUACGCUGUAGACCACUCAGCGAAAAGGAAAUCGAAGCAAAAUGUACCAGUGUAGUGAAAAUGUAUUCCAGCAGGGGAGUAAUUGAGGUGGAAAAUCCAAAAGCACGCAGCGAAAAUGAAAAGAAAAAAAUAUUUACUUACGACUCAGUUUAUGAUGAAAGCUCAACUCAACAAAACUUAUAUGAUGAAACUGUCAGGCCUUUGGUAGCAUCUGUACUUGACGGUUACAACGGUUGUGUAUUUGCUUAUGGACAGACAGGAACAGGGAAAACUCAUACGAUGGAAGGACUGGAAGAAGAUCCAGGUAUCAUACCUAGGGCUUUUUCACAAAUUUGGGCCCAUAUUGACAGAACAACUGGUGUGGAAUUUUUAGUCAGUGUUAGAUAUUUGGAGAUUUACAUGGAAGAAAUAAGAGAUCUUCUCAGACUGAAAAACUCCAAACCGCAUGAACUGAGGGAAAUGACUGGAGAGGGCGUCAUUGUAACCAACCUUCAUUCACAAACUUGUCAAAGUGCAAAAGACAUGGUGAGAGCUAUGAAAGUUGGCAACGCUAAUCGCACAACUGGCAUGACCAACAUGAACGAGCACAGCUCUCGGUCUCAUGCCAUUUUCCAAAUCGUCAUUGAAAUGGCAGAGGAACACUCAAAGUCAAUAAAAAUAGGCAAAUUGAAUCUGGUAGAUCUGGCUGGUAGCGAAAGACAGUCCAAGACAGGAGCUACAGGGGAUAGAUUGAAAGAGGCCACUAAAAUCAACAAAGCACUUUCUUCAUUAGGAAACGUCAUCUAUGCCUUAGCUGAAAAUUCACCUCACAUUCCAUACCGUGAUUCCAAACUCACACGACUACUACAGGAUUCUCUUGGAGGAAACAGCAAAACUAUUAUGAUUGCCAAUGUGGGGCCUGCAAGUAUGAAUUAUGAAGAAACAAUCAUCACUUUGAGAUACGCCUAUCGAGCAAAAUCAAUUAAGAACAAUCCAGUUAAAAACGAGGAUGUCAAAGAAGGAAAACUCUUGGGUCUCCAACAGGAAAUUGAACGACUUAAGCAGCUCAUUAUGGAAAAAAGUAAUGGAGAUUUCAGCACCAGUCUGGGUGAAGAUGAGGAAAUUUGUGAUGGGGAAGAGGAAAUUGAUAAAGAAGAGAAAGAGAAGAAGCUGGAAAUGGGUAAGAUGGAAGUAGAUGAACUAGCGAAGAAGCUGAAGAUGUUGGAGAAGCAGAUGGUCCAUGGAGGAAAAAAUAUUGUCGAUAGUGUGAACGAGAACGAGUUGAGACUUGAACAACAAAGAGCACAGAUAGCAGCAAGAAAGGUAGACAGUAUUGCAACAAUAAUAAUAAUAGUAAAAAAAUAUCUUAUAUGA